CUGAUCAUAAUCUCUGCACUGGGCCUGGACUUUAUCGCAGGCGAUCCGGCAAACCGGUACCACCCGACUGCCUGGAUGGGAAGGUUGAUCGCCAGAACUGCCACAUAUGUAAAGACCGGCAGGGCCAGAUCCGAGAGAGCCGGCGGCGUGGUCAUAGUUGUGGUGUCGUGCGGCGCAGUCCUGGGUGCCCUGUCCGCAGUCUAUCUGGCACUCAACCUGCUGCUUGACGGCCUUGUGGCGCUGGUGGCAUCCGCAGCUGUCACAGCCGUCCUGCUCAAGACGACCAUUUCGGUGCGCGGACUGGAGGCGCAUGCCCGCAACAUAGUUGUAGCCAUCCAGGACGACGACAUUGCCACUGCUAGGAGCCGGCUGUCCAUGAUUGUAAAGCGGGACACGGGGUCACUGGACAGGGAGCAUGUCAUAUCCGGCGCGAUCGAAUCCGUCUCGGAGAACACGGUGGAUGGCGUGACCGGACCGCUCUUUUACUUUGGCGUACUGGGGCUGCCUGGGGCCUUUGUGUACCGGGUGGUGAACACCGCAGACUCGAUGGUGGGCUACAGAACCAGCAUGUUUGCGAAUCUUGGAUGGUUUGCCGCCAACUGUGACAGGGUACUCAACUAUGCGCCCGCCCGCAUUACGGGCCUAGUGAUGGUGCUUGCCUCUGCGAUGCUGGGUAUGAACUGGAGAGGCGCGUACCGCAUAAUGAUGCGGGAUGCCGGCAAGCCUGACAGCCCCAAUGCAGGCUACCCCAUGGCAGCAGCGGCAGGAGCGCUGGGAGUGAGGCUGGAGAAGAUCGGCCACUACAGCAUAGGGGACGACACAGUGGGCCUGUCCACAGACGGCAUACUGCAAGCAGUCAGGCUCAUGAAGAUCACGUCGAUCAUCUUCUGCGGCGCCGUAACGGUGCCGUUGAUGGCAUUGCUUGCGUAUCUUGUGGCGGGAGUCCAUGUUUAG